AAGUCUCCUCUAGCUUUUUUUUCAAUAUUGCUGCAGGGGAUGGGGAGCCCUAACUUUGUUGGGUUAAGCUUCUAUCCUAUAGCAAUCUGAAGUGAUAGGUUCUUUCGGCACACCGGCUUAGGGUGGGUUGCAAGCUAGGGGAUUUUUAGAACCUUCUUCCUUCUUCUCUCAGCUUGGUUUCAGGAACUGUAGAUUCCUGUGACCUAGGAGGCAUUGAACAGCUUCUCCCCAAAGCCAGCUGCAAAAAUAGAAAACGGAGGGGGAGGCAGGAAAAGGAAAAGAAGGGUGGAAAAUUCAUUUCCCCGCGCUUCUCCCGCGCGUGAGGCUCUCAGACUGCUCCAGCAACAGCUGCUUCGGCUGCUGGGAUCCCCAGACAGCCGCGCUCUAAGACGUCUCUGCUGGCUCUGUGGAAAGCGCCCUUGGAGAGAGUGGUGCGCAGCCGAGUGGAGUAGGGGAGUGUACGAGUGGGGGUUUUGAGGGGGAAGCGACUGGUGAAGUCCGGCUCUGGUCCUGCCCGGCCCGGCCCGGCCCGCACACGCCCUCUAGUGGGGCAGUCGCGGCGCCGGCGAGCCUGGGCGUGACGUGGGCUCUCUUUAGCCUGCCUGCCGGGGGCACCGCGAGUCAGUUGGGGGAGAAAUAGGCAAGCGCGGACGGAGCGGAGCCAGGGCAGCUCGGCGCGCCCGGAGAGGCGAGGGGCGCCGGGGCACAGUGGGAGCUUUUCCCUGUCUGAGUAGCAGCAGCAGCAGCAGCAGCAGCAGCAGGGUGUGGGGAAGUGCUGGAAGAGCCAAGUGCACGGCCACAGUACGGCCACGGCCGGCGCCUCUACCACGGCCAAAAUCUCGAGCGGAGGAACCAAGGGAACUGCGGGAGUAGCCGCUGGAGCAAGCUGCAAGAAGGCUUUUGGCACCCCGAGUGCCUCCACCCAACUGCCCCCGAAAGAAGAGCAAAGAAGCGAUCUGGGGGCUCUGGGGGCAGGGGGGGAGGUCUGAGGACCCUCCCUACCCCUUGCCCCAGGAGUCGUCAGCGUUCCUGACUCCUGAAACUGUUUGCACUUUUCUCUUUCUCUUCUUUUUAUCUCUCUUUAAAACAAGCCACCCCCCACGCCCCCAGUUUCAAGUCCUUCCCGUCUCUCCACGCACGGGGCAGCCUUUGGUGGGCCCGGCCCGGAGUCAGCAAAAUGGGGCGAGUUGGAACUUGGCUGGCGACUUUGGCUGGACUUUUGCUAACUGCUGGAGGAGAGACGUUCUCAGGUGGUUGCUCAUUUGAUGAGCCAUUUACCACGUGUGGAUACAGCCAAGGAAAGGAUGAUGAUUUUGAUUGGGAAUGGGUGAACACCUUGACAAAGCCUUCUGAUCCAUGGAUGCCAUCAGGCUCUUUCAUGCUGGUUAAUACAUCUGGGAGACCAGAAUUACAAAGGACCCAUCUUCUCUUACCCCAGCUUAAAGAAAAUGACACCCAUUGCAUUGACUUCCACUACUUUGUAUCCAGCAAGAGUCAUUCCCUUCCUGGGCUACUGAAUGUUUAUGUAAAAGUUAAUAAUGGUCCUUUGGGGAACCCAAUCUGGAACAUAUCUGGAGCUCCAACUGGCACCUGGAAUAGAGCAGAACUGGCAAUUAGUACCUUCUGGCCCAACUUUUAUCAGGUAAUUUUUGAAGUGGUAACUUCAGGACAUUAUGGCUACCUAGCUAUUGAUGAAGUGAAGGUGUUAGGACAUCCAUGUACCAAAACUCCACACUUCCUGAGAAUCCAGAAUGUGGAAGUCAAUGCCGGACAGUUUGCAACCUUUCAGUGCAGUGCCAUUGGUAGAACGGUUGCUGGAGACAGGCUCUGGCUUCAGGGCAUUGAUGUAAGGGAUGCACCUCUGAAAGAAAUCAAAGUGACUAGUCCACGGAGAUUUAUAGCCUCAUUCAGUGUUGUAAAUACAACCAAACAAGAUGCUGGGAACUAUCGUUGUAUGAUACGUACUGAAGGAGGUGUUGGAAUAUCAAACUAUGCAGAAUUGGUAGUUAAAGAACCACCUGUUCCCAUUGCCCCACCUCAGCUUGCCUCUGUGGGAGCAACUUACUUGUGGAUACAACUGAAUGCCAACUCCAUCAAUGGGGAUGGACCCAUUAUUGGUCGAGAGGUGGAAUACUGCACAGCAAGUGGAAGCUGGAAUGACAGGCAGCCAGUAGAUUCAACAAGUUAUAAAAUAGGGCAUCUGGAUCCUGACACUGAAUAUGAGAUUAGUGUAUUGCUCACCAGACCAGGGGAAGGAGGAACUGGAUCCCCUGGACCAGCACUAAGAACAAGGACCAAGUGUGCUGAUCCCAUGCGUGGACCUAGAAAACUCGAAGUUGUAGAGAUCAAAUCCCGGCAAAUCACAAUCCGUUGGGAACCAUUUGGCUACAAUGUCACUCGCUGCCAUAGUUAUAACCUCACUGUCCAUUACUGUUACCAAGUGGGAGGACAGGAGCAAGUUCGAGAAGAAGUAAGCUGGGACACAGAUAAUUCACAUCCCCAGCACACAAUCACCAACCUGUCACCUUAUACCAAUGUCAGUGUGAAACUCAUCCUCAUGAAUCCAGAGGGACGAAAAGAAAGCCAGGAGCUUAUUGUACAGACGGAUGAAGACCUUCCGAGUUCUGUUCCUAUCGAAUCUAUCCAAGGAAGUACUUUCGAGGAGAAGAUAUUUCUUCAGUGGAGAGAGCCAGCUCAGACUUAUGGUGUGAUCACAUUCUAUGAGAUCACCUACAAGGCAGUCAGUUCCUUUGACCCAGAAAUAGAUUUAUCCAAUCAAAGUGGAAGAGUUUCAAAGCUGGGAAAUGAAACUCAUUUCCUUUUUUUUGGACUGUAUCCGGGGACCACAUACUCCUUUACUAUCCGAGCAAGCACAGCCAAGGGCUUUGGACCUCCAGCAACAAAUCAAUUUACCACAAAAAUAUCAGCACCUUCGAUGCCAGCGUAUGAACUGGAGACACCUCUGAAUCAAACAGAUAAUACUGUGACAGUUUUGCUGAAGCCGGCCCAGAGCAGAGGUGCUCCUGUCAGUGUAUACCAAAUAGUGGUUGAAGAAGAAAGUCCUCGUAGAACUAAAAAGACGACGGAAAUAUUGAAAUGCUACCCUGUGCCUAUUCACUUCCAGAAUGCUUCCAUCCUCAACUCUCCAUAUUAUUUUGCUGCUGAGUUUCCAGCAAACAGUCUGCAAGCUGCUCAGCCCUUUACUAUUGGAGACAACCGAACUUACAAUGGCUACUGGAACUCUCCUCUUCUCCCCCACAAAAGCUACAGAAUUUAUUUUCAAGCUGCUAGUAGAGCUAAUGGGGAAACCAAGAUUGAUUGCGUCAGGGUGGCCACCAAAGCUGCGAUACUCGUGACUCAGCUUACAACACCAUACAUUCGCAUCGCCCCUGCUGCAGGCGACGACCAACUAACAGGAGCUGCCACUCCAAAACCAGCCCCAGAGCCAGAAAAACAAACCGACCACACGGUUAAGAUCGCUGGAGUCAUUGCGGGCAUUUUGCUGUUCGUUAUUAUAUUUCUGGGAGUUGUGCUAGUAAUGAAGAAAAGAAACUUUAUAGGAAGGUCCGUCGUAUGUUGUGUGGACCCUAGAGAUCCUACUGGUGAACACCAACAAGAGUCACACAGAAUGAAAAGGAAACUGGCCAAGAAACGAAAGGAGACAAUGAGCAGCACUCGACAGGAGAUGACCGUCAUGGUGAAUUCAAUGGAUAAAAGCUAUGCUGAGCAAGGAACCAACUGUGAUGAGGCUUUUUCUUUCAUGGACACACACAAUUUGAAUGGCAGAUCUGUAUCUUCACCAUCAUCUUUUACAAUGAAAACUAAUACACUGAGCACCACAGUGCCUAAUUCCUAUUACCCAGAUCCAUUUGUGCCAACUGCAAUUUUAGAUGAAACCCAUACGAUGGCCAGUGACACAAGCAGCUUGGUCCAGUCCCACACUUAUAAGAAGCGAGAGAACGCAGAUGUGCCCUACCAGACAGGACAACUUCAUCCAGCCAUCCGAGUGGCAGACUUAUUACAGCACAUCACCCAAAUGAAAUGUGCAGAAGGUUAUGGCUUCAAGGAGGAGUAUGAGAGUUUCUUUGAAGGGCAGUCUGCACCAUGGGACUCAGCUAAGAAAGAUGAGAACAGAAUGAAGAACAGAUAUGGGAAUAUCAUCGCCUAUGAUCAUUCUCGAGUGAGGCUGCAGACAUUAGAAGGAGAUACAAAUUCGGACUACAUUAAUGGAAAUUAUAUCGAUGGUUAUCACCGACCCAAUCACUAUAUUGCCACACAAGGACCAAUGCAAGAAACAAUAUAUGAUUUCUGGAGAAUGGUGUGGCAUGAAAACACAGCCAGCAUAAUCAUGGUGACCAACCUUGUGGAAGUGGGGAGGGUCAAAUGCUGCAAAUACUGGCCAGAUGACACGGAGAUAUAUAAAGACAUUAAAGUUACCCUAAUAGAAACAGAACUUCUAGCAGAAUAUGUAAUUCGAACAUUUGCCGUGGAAAAGAGAGGAGUUCAUGAAAUCCGAGAGAUUAGACAGUUUCACUUCACAGGAUGGCCAGAUCAUGGGGUGCCAUACCAUGCAACAGGAUUGCUGGGGUUUGUCCGACAGGUCAAAUCCAAGAGUCCUCCUAAUGCGGGCCCAUUGGUUGUCCAUUGCAGCGCUGGUGCUGGAAGGACUGGUUGUUUCAUUGUCAUUGACAUCAUGCUAGACAUGGCAGAAAGAGAAGGUGUAGUAGACAUUUAUAACUGUGUCAGAGAGUUACGGUCUCGGAGAGUCAACAUGGUGCAAACAGAGGAGCAGUAUGUAUUUAUCCAUGAUGCCAUCCUGGAAGCCUGUCUAUGUGGAGAUACAUCUGUUCCAGCUUCCCAGGUUAGGUCUUUAUACUAUGACAUGAAUAAGCUGGAUCCUCAGACAAACUCAAGCCAAAUAAAGGAAGAAUUCCGGACUCUAAACAUGGUGACUCCUACUUUGCGAGUGGAAGACUGCAGUAUAGCACUUCUACCCCGAAACCAUGAGAAAAACCGAUGUAUGGAUAUCCUGCCCCCAGACCGGUGCCUGCCCUUCCUUAUCACAAUCGAUGGAGAGAGCAGCAACUACAUCAAUGCAGCCCUGAUGGAUAGCUAUAAACAGCCUUCAGCUUUUAUAGUCACCCAGCAUCCUUUGCCAAACACAGUCAAAGACUUCUGGAGACUGGUCUUAGACUAUCACUGUACGUCUGUAGUCAUGCUGAAUGAUGUGGAUCCAGCUCAGCUAUGUCCCCAGUACUGGCCAGAAAAUGGAGUACACAGACAUGGCCCCAUCCAAGUAGAAUUUGUCUCUGCUGAUUUAGAAGAGGAUAUCAUCAGUCGAAUAUUCCGAAUUUAUAAUGCAUCCAGGCCCCAAGAUGGAUACCGGAUGGUACAACAGUUCCAGUUCUUGGGCUGGCCAAUGUACAGGGAUACACCAGUGUCCAAACGCUCUUUCUUGAAGCUCAUACGCCAGGUGGAAAAGUGGCAAGAAGAAUAUAAUGGUGGUGAAGGACGGACAGUCGUGCAUUGUUUGAAUGGAGGUGGCCGCAGUGGGACUUUUUGUGCAAUCAGCAUUGUUUGUGAAAUGCUCCGGCACCGGAGGGCAGUUGACGUCUUCCAUGCAGUGAAGACACUGAGGAACAAUAAGCCCAACAUGGUGGACCUUCUGGACCAGUAUAAGUUUUGCUAUGAAGUGGCUUUGGAAUACUUGAAUUCUGGCUGAUGGAGAAAGCUGCCCCGCAGACCUUCACACCCACCCGGGAACCACAAUACCCUGCAAUGUUUAUGUAUAUGAGAUGAAGACUUCUCAACAUCAUGCUUAUUUUGCUUUGUAUAAUUGGCUCUUUUUUAAGAGCCUGAGAAAGUGUUUUAUGAACUCGCCUGAACUGCCUACUAUCCUCCAUACUUCUGCUGCCUGACAAAAACACAAAACACACUCUCUGCGGUCGUCAGAUACCGUAUUCGUAAUCAUCAUCUUGAUAGAGCAGCCUAGACAUCUGGUAAAUUAAAAGAGCACAAUUAUAUUCUUAUGAAGAAAUUUGUCCCUCUGAGGUUUAAUUUUGUUGCCUGUGAUCCUUUUGUUAUUGUCACAGCUAAGUGUAUAUUUUUGUUCUGUGGAGAAUGCUGUCUGGCAUUUAUGAUAAUAUAUGAUUUUAGUUAAUAUUUGUAUUUUAACACAUGAAUAACAGAAAGUAUUUGUAGCUUACCUGAACUAACAGAUGAAGAACUCAUAACAAACCAUGCUAACUUUCUGGAAUGGUGGUUUCUUUCUGAUCAAUGAUGUUUCAAGAAGGAACAGCUCGACAGAAAUUCACUCUGAAAACAUCAAACCAGAUGACUGGGUGAAAUAGAUCCAAAGCUUUUUCAUUUGUUUAUAUUGUAAAUAUUUUUGUGAUUUCAUCAAAUUAUUUAUUCAUUAAAAGAAAUUUUUGUGAAGCACAGUGAGUGACAAUCAUUUUUAUUAAGCCCUGGAAAUGCUUUAUUUACUGUAUGAUAAUGUAAACAUUUGUUACCUUGUAUGGAUUCUCAGCUCAAUAAAUGAUGGCACAUGGCA